UCUCUUCGAUCCAAGAUGGCGUCUCGUUCGGGUCAGCGUGAACAACGUGCCUCCAGAAAAGUCGAAACAGACGAAGCUGAAGAUGAUUUAACUAAAGUAGAAUACGAAACGUCGGAAGGGGUUGAAGUUAUACCAACGUUUGACGGCAUAGGACUUCGUGAAGACCUUUUGCGGGGCAUAUAUGCAUACGGUUUGUCAAGUUAUAUGCAUGCUAAAAUUUGAAAACUGAGUUUAAUCAUUUUGGGAUAGUUUAAUACUGUAACCGACUCAUUACUCAAUACAUAUACCUUCAAAGACAUGCUAUAAAAUACAUGCUAUAAAAUUGCCCAGUUACAUGUUUUUUAAGUACUUUUCGCGGCUACUGUAAAUUUCAACUACCAAAUUAGCCCAAAUACUUUUGUGACAAUUGUUGCUGGAAUUUCGAAACUAUAGAAACACGUGCGUUAUGGAAUUAUGUAGAGAAAUGCAUGGCUUUCUUUUUUUAUUCUUGUCAAGGUUUUGAAAAACCAUCUGCAAUUCAACAGAGAGCAAUCAAGCCUAUUCUGAAAGGACGAGAUGUAAUUGCACAGUAAGUUUUAGAAAAUCUUCAAUUCAACAGGUACUGUAAGCCAGCAAGUUUAGAGGCUGUUGCGAAUAGACACUCUCUCACAAUCAAUGUUUUACUUUCUUUGACCCACUACCUCACUGCACACCAGUCAAUGUCUUUUCUAUGGGACUGUCGACAAAUACAUUUUGUUCUGCUUUGCAGACUUUAUACUUCGUGAUUGCUUUGACCCACUACCCUAAGCUACCCCCCCCCACCACCACAUUUGGGGAACAAGCCUAUGAAGCAGGAUAAAAUGUUUGUCAACAACCCUUAAUAGAAAAGCCCCAUUUUCGUCAGAGUUAUUCUUUAAUUGUGUGCUCUUUGUUAUGACUUCUGGUCUAGGACACUUGUAUCUAUAAGUACUCUACUCUGGUCAUUAUACAACAAGAUUGCAAGACUAAAUCUAUAUCACCAUAUGGGUCAAUGACCUUCAAUUACGAUAUUGAUUGAAGUUCAUUACAAAAUUUUUUAUAGAUCGCAGUCUGGGACUGGAAAGACAGCCACUUUCUCAAUUGCAGCCUUACAAUGUCUAGACACACAGGUACACUAAGCUUGUUAUUUCUUCUUAAUCUCUUAUGCAUUCUUCAGAGCUCCGAAUUUAAACAUGUCCAUUUAUUUUAUUUAGAGUCGAGAACCCCAAGUUCUUGUGCUGUCACCAACAAGAGAACUUGCCAACCAAAUUCAAAAGGUAUUAAAAUUGGUUGUACAUGAUUAUGAGUAGAAUAAGUUUAGUCUAAAGAACAGUUCAUUGAGUUCCUUGUUUGGCAGGUUUGUUUGGCUCUUGGUGACUACAUGAACGUUCAAUGCCACUCCUGUAUUGGUGGUACAAGUAUCGGGGAAGAUAUCAGGAAGUUGGAUUAUGGACAACAUAUUGUUUCAGGGACGCCUGGCAGAGUAUUUGGUAACUUAUGACUCAAAUGUAUUGCAUUAUGUAAUGUCAUGUUUUAAACAUAGUUUAGAAGAGGCAAUGAAACGUUUUGUCCAAUGUGUUUAGAUAUGAUUGGUCGAAGAAAUCUUAGAACACGAAACAUCAAAAUGUUUAUUUUGGAUGAAGCAGAUGAGAUGCUCAACAAAGGUAUUAUUUUUGAAACAUCCAAGGAUGCCCCCCCCUCGUGUAAUUCCCCACCUACCCUUUGUAAUUCCCUACCUUGCCCCCAUUGUAAUUCCUCCUCCUACACCCCCCUGACACUAGUAACGUUUAACACUGGUAACUUUUAACACUGGUACUGGUAAAGCAACAAUGUCCUCCCUGGAAAUAUACAAUAUACACCCCCAGGAAAAUCAGCACCCCCACCACCCAUUCUCUGGAAAUCCCCCCCCCCCCCUCAUGAAACCUAUGUAUAUUUUGAAAAGUUUAAUACAGACAACAGUAACCAAUUUUGCUACAGUGAUUCCUAAUGCAACUUGCCAAAAAGGACAUAUAGAACAUGGUUAAACAGCAAUUAUGUUUUUUGUAGGUUUCAAAGAACAGAUUUAUGAUGUCUACAGAUACCUCCCCCCUGCAACACAGGUUUGACCAUCUAUUAUAUUCAAUUGCUCUAAGAUUUGUAUUUUUGUGAUAUUAAGUGAGGUAAAUUGUAUUUGCUCAAUGGCUCUUUCAUAGGUAAUACUCAUCAGCGCUACUUUACCUCACGAAAUCCUCGAGAUGACAGCACGCUUUAUGACAGAUCCCAUACGCAUCCUGGUAAAACGGUAAGUAGUUCUAACCCAGUAAACCCACUCAAUGUUUUGUAAAAGGAUUUUGAGUGUGAAUUUUUAUUCAUUUAUUAGACCUAACCAGAGCAUUCCAAUGUUUGUAUCUGUGACUGCUCAACCUAAGAUGCAAAUUAACUGUCUGUUUUAUUUUUAGUGAUGAAUUGACUUUAGAAGGAAUCAAACAAUUCUUUGUCGCUGUGGAACGAGAAGAGUGGAAGUUUGACACGUUAUGUGAUCUCUACGAUACCCUCACCAUCACACAGGCCGUCAUCUUCUGUAACACCAAGCGAAAGGUACCUGUUGGUUCAGUUUACACAAUGGCCUAAUUUAUUGAAAACACAGAUCAUCUCUUAAGCCAGCACUGUGCAUCUGAAAGAUCAUUGUUCUUGACAUGUUCUAUUAAGCUACGGAUACACGGGCAAUACUUCUCUGGCGAUGGCAAUGCAAUGGUGGUAAAAUCGUUGCAUUGCCGUCGCGAGAAAGAAAUUGCUUGUGUAUCAUGCUCUGCGACGGCAACGCAAAGCUGCGCGCAAUCGUUGCCGAAAUUUCAAAUCAUUUGAUUUUCGGCAAUGAUUGCCGAAAAUUGGGAGGUGUGGUCAAGGAAGGUCAAGGUUGAUGAAUGACACGUUUCUUGACCAGCCAAUGAAAAGCGUUAUGAAAACAUAUAUUGCAGGUGAAAUAUUGCAGGUGUAGCCACCUUGUGCGACGGCAACGCAAUGCUGUUAUCAGCCAUUGCGUAACCAUCGCAGCAAAAAUAUUGCUCGUGUAUCCGAAGCUUUAGUCUUUCAUUUAUAAAGACAGGUUUACAGGUUUUAUUGUCAAAGUUUCUGUGAUCACAGUAGGAAUUUUGCAUAGAUAAAUUUUAAGUUUUGAAGGAUUUGUAAGAAGUGUUUGAGGAAACUGACUGACUCGGUGUUAAACAGCGAAUCAGUUCCCUCGAGCAUUUCUUACAAAUCCUUCAAAACUAUCCAAUAUUCAAAAUUCCUAUUGUGAUCACAGAAACUUUGAUAGUUUAAACCAGUCUUCACAUUUUGUUUAAAAUAUUCUACAGGUUGAUUGGUUAACGGAAAAAAUGCGAGAAGCCAACUUCACAGUGUCGGCUAUGCAUGGUGACAUGCCUCAAAAAGAACGAGAAGCAAUUAUGAAAGAGUUUCGGGCAGGGCAAAGCCGAGUAUUAAUAUCAACGGACGUUUGGGCUCGAGGGUUAGACGUUGCACAAGUGUCUUUGGUCAUCAACUAUGAUUUGCCUAACAAUCGUGAAUUGUAUAUCCACAGGUAGACAACUAAUAGAAUAGCUUGGUUUCACCGUGGACAAUUUAUUAAAUAACGUUAUUUUACAAUCCAUGGUUUCAUAGAUAGUCAUCAACCUGCAGUUAUCAGAGUGAGACAAUAUUUUUUGAAACCGACCAAUUACGAUUCGUGAAAAGUACUUUUGAUUUUAAUUUUUUUGUAGAAUUGGUCGUUCCGGGAGAUUUGGUCGUAAAGGUGUCGCAAUUAACUUUGUGAAAUCAGACGAUAUUCGAAUUCUCCGUGAUAUUGAGCAGUACUACAGUACGCAGAUUGAUGAAAUGCCAAUGAACGGUAAGAUGCACUUGUCUGAUUUUGAGAAGAGUGCUUCCAGUUUGAUUCUACCAAACACUGCGGGUUUGCUAUGGGUACUAUUGUUUCCUCCUGUAGCAAGGAAUGGCCCAUACUGGACCUCUAGGGCGAACUGUCUAGAACUGUUAGAGUAAAAUCCAGACAAUGUAUAUAAAUAAAGUUAGUGACAAUAGGGAGAACAUUACAACAGUCGUACACAUUUAAUUGAUUCAAACUUGUUUCAUUUUUAGUGGCUGAUUUGAUCUAGAGAGUGAUCAGAUAGAACAAACUGGAAUAUAAAAGUUUGGAAGCCAUUCUCGCACGAAGUUUGCAAUGACACUCUCUGCACGCAUAAACAAUUGUCAAUAUUUUUAACAUCCAGAUCUGUAAAGUUGAUCUUAUAAACUUUCAAUGUAAUUUGUAAACUCCAAACGUUUGUAGUUGUAUGAUACUGUACUGUUAUUUUAAAUAAAAUAAAUGUAGAAAAUGAUAAAAGUCUCUGUAUAAGAGGAACCAAACGCAAACUAUGUGUAUAUUUAAGACCAAACCGGGAGUAGAGCUAAGUAGUACUGAGCCUCCACCGCAAGCAUCGCCUUUGAUUGACGGGCAGAAUUGGGUUGUGGGCAACUAACAUUAGUGGCCAUCUCCACCGACUUUCUAAAUCCAGAUGACCAUGAGGAGAUACCUGCGGAGGCUAGGUGUGUUCAAAAUUCAGCACAAAAGAAAUGGCUUUUAUGACCCAGUAAUCCCAGAAGUGAGGUACACGGCACGAGAGCUGUCUCCUCCGCUUAAGUAUUUACAAAUAACUUACAUGAAGUUUCCUGUCUAAAGGUGAGCGCGCGCGGAGUGAUGGGAAGAUUGAAAUCGCUCACUUUUCCCUCACUAGAAACUUCAUGCAAGCCUCUGCGGAGGAGAGAAACACGAGAGUGGACCGCUUCAAUACUGAACUUUCGUUGUGUGUAUGGAUGUGGUUAUUAUUUACAAUAUUUAUACCGUUCUGCUAUCCUUUAAAUCUUAUUACUUUAAAGUGGCCACCAAAGAUAUAUGUUAAAUAAUAGUGGCGCCAUUCCCUUUAAUUAUCCAAAAAUGUCCUUUACUGUUCCUCAGUCAUCAUCAUCAUCAUAGUCUUCGUCAUCACCCUCGUCCUCAGCCUCUUCAAAUGCCUCCUGCUGCGCGGCCCGCAACGCAUUCUCUUCCUCGACUGUCGGGUCGUCUGCCUCGGUGAUUUCGGGCCCGCUUGGGUAUUCCUCUUGAGGUGUGGGUGGUGCUGGCGGACUGUAGUUCUCGGAACUGUACUUCUGACCCCAGCCAACGUACACGUUCUCGAAUUUUCUAGGAAACAAGAUAAGAUCAGAACAGGCGCUCUCAAAGACAAUGAGUGACUGGAUAACAAUGGAAUAUUUAUUCCGAAUGAAAAGUGACCAACCUCUCAACGGCAAAGCAAUGGCCACCGGGCCACAGAUUGCUAUGUAAAAUAGCCACAGAGUGUUGUGGCACGAGACUUGGUGCCCUGACGGCUGUCCAUGCUGGGAAACCAUCGAUAUCUG